UCUUAGCUUGGGGGAGGUAACUGGCUUUGUGACGCAACUUCCGGGUGUGAGUGUAAAACGAGAGUAGAUCUUCUUCCGUGUAUCAUCGUCAUGGCGGCCACAUUAAAGCCUUACCUGAAUGCUGUGAAGGAAACUCUGAAUGCUGCAAUAUGCCUUCAGAACUUCGACUCUCAGAUGGUAGAGAGGCACAAUAAGCCAGAGGUAGAAGUCAAGAGCAGCAAAGAGCUUCUGCUCACACCAGUCAUCAUCAGCCGCAAUGAGAGAGAAAAAGUUUUGAUAGAAGGCAGCAUCAACUCUCUAAGGAUCAGCAUUGCAAUUAAACAGGCUGAUGAAAUCGAGAAAAUUCUGUGUCACAAGUUCACACGCUUUAUGAUGAUGAGGGCUGAAAACUUUGCUAUCCUGAGGAGGAAGCAAGUGGAGGGCUAUGACAUCAGUUUCCUGAUCACGAACUUCCACACAGAACAGAUGUUUAAGCAUAAACUAGUGGACUUCAUCAUUCACUUCAUGGAAGAAAUUGACAAAGAGAUCAACUUCCUGAAGCUGGCCGUCAACUCAAGGGCUCGUAUCAGUGCCGAGGAAUUCCUAAAGAACUUCUAACAUUCCUGGAUUUUUAGGUCUUUUAUUAUAGUCCGGUUUGGUGCUCCUGUGGGGGAUAUAAAGUGACUAAAUCACCAGGCAGCAGCAAAAUGGGAAGACUGAAAUGUUUAGAACUCUGACUGCCUCUGUUUGUUUGUAGCGAUGGUACCCCCCUAUUCAAAGCACUCUACACAAAAGCCCAUGGUGACAAAUUUAAUCGAACCAAAAGUUUUUCCUCUUUUGAAUAAGUUUCGCACUUUUUACUUUGUUUUAAAAAGAUAUUUAUUUAGCCAUAGGAUCCGACCUGUCCAGUGUAUUUCAAGCAUGCACGCUAUGGCUUGCGACACGGUUGCUAUUGAUAGUAAGUUACUAUUAACAUUCAGGGAAACUAAUGACUCAUCAAAUUUUUUCUGAUUCCACUCUUGUUUUGUUUUUUUUCCAAUGUUUCUUGAUAGUGUUUGGUUGUUGAGCUUGGCGUUGGGGAUUUACGAUGUGUCCUGGUGGUAGUGGUGAGCAGUGGUAGUGGUGAGCAGUAGGUCUCUCCUUUUUUUUUUCUUUUUUUUUUGGGAGGUUCUGAACGGAGUGGAAAGAUGGGGAGUUGUGCAGUGCGGUGGAUAAUUUUGCGAGACAUCACAAUCACAGCCAUUCCUCACCGUUGCAAGUUUGUGGUAUAUGCUUUGUGCUGCUAAGAAGGUAGCAAUAAUUUUACAUUUUUUUAAAGACUUUUUUUUUCCAGUCUUUAUUUCUACGCCUACUCGCUGUUUGACUGAAAUGGGGGUGGUGAUAUUAUUUUAUGUCUGAGGAUAAAGGAGGAAUAUUUCUGUUUGUUGUGUUCCUUCAAAUAAAUUUAACCGCAGUACAUUUCUAUAAUAUAUAUAUAUAUACGUUCUCGAACUGGUGGCAUUUGUUCAUGUAACAAAGAAGAAGAAUAUCAAUCUAGUACUAACUACUUGUCCCGUACAAGGAACUCGACGAAGCAGACUGUGAACUGGAUUAUCUUUGAGGAUAUAAUAAGCUGUUUGUUUGAUCAUCCGACGUUCUGUGAUCGUUGAAGUUCUUGACUUAAUGUAGGAUAGGUUUUUCAAUUUCUUCACUACGAGUAGAAAUUUAGAGGGAUUUUUUUUUUACUUUUCACUGUGAUUGCCUUUUUUUAUAAACUUUUCACUGUGAUUUUUUUUAAGGUUUUUUUUUUUUCUUUUUUUUUGAAAAUGCCAAAAAAGCAGGUGUUGGUCUUCAUAUCAGCGACCAGCUGUUUGUUUUGCCUUAAGACUUUUGGUCAUUUUUUGCAGUGAGUUUGAAGAGUCAAGUGUACAUGUCCUCGCUACAUUCAUGACCAAAAAAAAAAAUGCGUUUGAAUGGGUGUUUUUCUGUACUGCAAUAGGUCUCCUCAUGUAUGCCUUAAGGAUUUCAUUGAAAAGUAUAGAAAAAAAACCACCUUGUGAAAAUAGUGUACAUGCGUUGGUGAGAAUUUUUUAUGUGUAGAGGGAUUAGUCACCUUUUGGUUUUGGGCUUCUUUUUGUUCUUUUUUUUUUGUUCCUAUCAUGAAGGAAUGAUGUUUAUUUUAGCUUUUUAUUUUUUAAAAUUAAUACGAUGCAGUCGGGCAUAAAUAACUCAAACACGUCAGGGAUUGACAAAUAAAUGUGUUUAACACAUUCGUAAAUCGGGUUAACCGAUAACUAAGAAUUAAAGAGAUAUUAGUGGGGGGAUGGCGAAUGGCAUGAGCUAUAUAUAUCGAUGAUUUUGAGUUUUGCGUGUUUGUGUUAUCUUUGCUCGACUGUGCUUGACAUUUUUGACUGCUGCCCUGUAUUCAUAAUUUUGUGUAAGCCACAAUAGCACAUAUCAAAAGUGGGCUUCAUGCUUGAACUGAAACAAGUUGUACGUACUGCUGGGGAUCCAGACCACAUACACUCCACGUAAUCUUAUCUCUUCUUGGAGAAGCUAGCACGAGUUUGCAUUUCCAAUCUAUUUAUCCGUUUCCGUUCUUUGAAUCUGCUUGUACAGCUUUCCUACCACCAUCAUAAUCCUUCUGUAUCAGGACUGAAAGUUUUGUGGUCAUGUCCGGUUGUCGGGUCUGUGGUGUCGGUGACUGAUAGAAAUACAGUAGAAAGGCUACAAUUAUUACAAUGGGAGGUUAAUUUGAAGCUGUUUUAUCGACAAGUGUGGCAAGUACGGAUGGGUUAGGGAGGUAUCGACAAGUGUGGCAAGUACGGAUGGGUUAGGGACGUGUGAUGUAAAACAGUGCUUUCCCACCUGAGUAAUGCCGCCCACUAGUCAGCAACUCGGUAGUUCUGGUGGCCGGUGAUCACUUGGGUAGUCAGAGGCCUUUCUAAUCUAACGUACAUGUUUCAGUUCUAAGACAUGUUCAAAAGUUUUCCCAUCUAUUUUCUGAACAUGCUGUUGUGUUUAUUCAGUAAAGACUUCCGUCAAAUGCGUGCGGCAUCACAGGAAAGUAGGAUAGUUUCAAGUUUGUCAGCUCCAAUUAGAAUCAUGUGAGUAUGUUUCUUAAUAUGGGGGGGGGGGGGGGGAGACUCUUCAACUGUCAAUACGGUAAAAGUCAAGUUGUUCCCGCAUCCAAUCCGGACAUUGGGGAUUGCCUUGUUAGUGAGACAACUUCCUGGGCCUUUGGCAUAUUGUGGUAGGGUGGCCAGUUUCUUUCCACACCACCUUUACUUCCCCAACUCGAAGUCAGGUACCCAUUACUGCUGGGUGGGCAGGAGGGGGCGAAAAAAAUCCGUGUCCGAACGGAGGCUCGAACCCGGACUUUCUGCUUCGGAGAUGAGCGCACUAACCACUCCGCCACCACACCCUCCGUCAGUAAGGUAUCCGUAGGAAAAAAACUGUAGAGUGUUUAGUUAGUGGAUUAGUGCCGUUUUCCUUAUGUUACUGUUCAGCUAUCUCUGGCUGAUUUAGUUCUUUGUCCUGUUUUUUACCACAGAUCUUUAGUUUUCCCUCCUGGUCUCAGGCUGAUAGGAUAAUUAGGUUUGCCGAUUCAAACUAGUGACUCUUGGGGAAUUUUUCCAUUUUUAGUAGCGAGAAGUCAAAAGGUAUCCACCGCAAAGGCAAGGGGGCUGAUGAUGAUGUUAGAAAAUACACGUAGGUCGUAGUAAGAUUCUGGAGAUAACGUUUCUGGUACAACAAUUUAAGGAGAGCUACUCCACUCUCCAGUCCUGCUGUUUUUUAUCGAUGAUUGUUUCUGCAUGAACAGACAGAGAAGUUUAUGCAACCUUGUUUUGUUGGAAUGUGUAAUGGUUAUUAGUUUGUACAUUUGAUUGUGUGUGCGAGUGUGUGUGUGUUGAAGUUGAAUAAUUGAGAUCCAGAGUCAGAAGCCUGUUGUAUAAGCUUUCAUUUAUGUUCCGUAUCUAUGACUGUGCUUGAAACGGCAUGACUUUGAACUUUGUCUCUCUCUCUUCCUCUCUCCUUCUGUGUCCUCAUGUAGCCAUGUCUUUGUAUCGUUUCCCGGCUUCUUUCUUCACUAGCCUCAAGUGCACCACACCGGGGAGCUGUGCUCGCUGGUUUAUUUAUCCAUUUUUGGCUCUCCGUUUCCUAUCGUCAAUAUGAUUAGUUCCUAGUAUAUUAUUUAGACGAAUUGUUGAAUGAAUUUAUCUGUUUGUGACUUUAUAUUACAAUAAAAUCAGUUGGCUUCAAUAAGUGUUUUCAGUUGUACACGUGAUUAUUUUGGACAGUAUGCAAAACCCAGUCACUAUCAAUGCAAUUUUUUUUUCUUUAGUAUUAACAAGAAAAAUAGUAAAUAGUAUGUAUUCAUUUGCUCCUUUUAUUCUUUUAUUACUUUCCUCUUCGCUCAUAUCAGCUCAAAGUAUAUUUUGUUCUCUUUCUUCAUGUCGACAAUUUUGGGGCCUUCACGUCUGGAUUGUUUGAAGGAAAAAAUGCGAAAAUGAAUUUUGUUUCCGAUUGGAGUAGAAGUUUUCCAACAUGUUUUCUGUACAAAAACCAACAGAACUGAUUCAUGGAAAUUUCUAGUAAUGAGGAUUUUGACAAGUGGUUGUUGUGAGUUGUACUUGGGUACAUGGCCUGCCAGUGUAUUUCUGUCAUGAUUUUGUGGGUUCUCUUUUGUCCGGAGAAUGUGUGAGAGCUUGAGAGCAACGAGAUGAUGAUUAAAUUCUUUUCUAUUUCACA